CGAGGUGAAGCGAAGUGAAGUGAGGUGAAGUGAAGUAAGGUGAGGUGAGGUGAGGUGAGGUGCGAACGUAGUUAGUGGCCCGGUAGGUAGGUAGCCGGCGUCGCGACGCCCGCCGGCAACAACGCGCGGGUUUUUCCGUUGGGAAACUCGCAUCGGCUCGGUAUCUCGAGCGGGCGGCGAAAGGCGAGAGACGUGAGCACGCGCGGAGUGCGAUCCGCCGAUCCACGAGCGAGUAAAGCGUUGCUUGGCGGCAGCGGCAGCGGCGCCUUGUUAUCACGAACGGACUAUGCUCCUGGGAGAAGCCUUGCGCCACGGCCGUCAGGUGGCGGUAACCGGGAAACAGUGGGACGGCGCAUAGACACCCUGCAACGGGACUGUCCUUUCCACGGGGAUUGUCGGUCGCGUUCUCUCGCAAUCAUCACGGACCUACGGGAGGAUUUUCGAUCCCCAAGGAGCCCAAUGUGGGUGGAAGUGAGAUGGCAUCCAGGGAAAAGAAACCCUUAGCGCCUUCGAAAUCGAAACAGAAGGCGAGUAACGAUCCCGUCUUGCCAUCCAAUGAGGUCAAGAGUAAGAAAGGCAAGUCAUUGCCGAAUAUAAAGCAGCAGCAACUUGCACAAGAAAUUUUUGAUACGGUAGCGACAGGUAGCCAACUCCCUGGUAAGCUAGAAGCGAGCUUGCCGCGUAGGAAUGCCCUUAAAAAUCUGAAACGCAAGCAGAAUCUAAGAGCGGCCAAGGUAAUCAAGUCCAAGCUUACCAAGAAGGUGAGCAACAAAGUGAUACACAGGGUAGCUCCUGACGUUAAGAAGGGUGCCAAGAGUGCGAAGAAAGUCCGAAGGCAGUCCGAGUCGGAACCGUCGACCGUCAGGGUGGUCGAGAUCGCUCCGAGACUUGCGGAGAAUCAGGCCAACAACGGGGACAGCGCGGGCAGAGCGAGCGAAACACCGAGCAAAAGUGCCAAGAGUAAUCUCAGGACCAAAAAGACCAAAUCUGACGUUCAGAUUAAGGAGGAGACCAAAGUCAGCCCGAAACUUGGCAGGAAAGGAAAAACGACGGAGAGUGCUGAUUCUUUGUCCAAGAGUGCCAAAACGGUAAAGUUAACAAACUUGAAGAAGAAUAGCACCGGCCUGGUUAAAGUUACCGAGGCUGACAGCAAGGCUGCUGGGAAGCAGCGCAAGAGCACUGGCAAGGAACUUGAUUGCGCGAGUACGAGUGGUGCCGCGAGAAGCAAUACUGGCGUUGAGAAAUUCCCAAAGGCGGCUUUAGAUAACAAGAAUUCCAUUGACCUCACUAUAGACGAGGUGAUUGCUUCGAUGUUGAGCGACUCCGAGGUCGAGGGUAAGCUGACGAGAAGCAAGAAGAUGUUGGUCGAGGAAAGUAUCGCCUGCGACAUCGAGAUUAAGAAGGAGCCCGACGUCGACGACACCAAAGUCACGUCGGACGGUGAGUCUGUGGAGACCGAUCACUUUCAGAACGCCAUUCAGUUGAGAAAGAGAUCGAAAGUCGGCCAGGUCGACCAAACGCCCCAAAGAAGUUUGCGUAAUGGAAAGCAGCGUCAAUUGUCGGAUCUGGGAAAUGCCGCGGAUAACAACGAUUCGAAGAAGCGGCACAGGCUAAAUUCAGACGGGACUGUUAUCUCGGAUCAUUCGAUAGAACAUAACUCGGAUUGCAAUAUAAAUAUGGACUCUUGCUUCUCGGACCCUGGCUGCAAUGAAUCUCAAGGUGUUGGGGCAGCGGGCAAGGAGGAGGCUCGCUCCAAGGAUGGAGCUCCGUCUAAUUUCGACGAGGACGUUGAGACCGGAUCGGAAAUGGAGACCAACAAUAACGGCGAUAACAAUAAUCGCGCGGACAGGACAGGCGAGACCGGGCCGAUACUGCGUUCGAAAACUAAGGCCAAGACCACCGAGUGCGAGACGACCAGAGACGACGAUGUUAAAGCUGAAGACGGCACGCGAAUAGCACCUAGAUGCGCGGAAGCGCAAGAAGACUCGAGGAAGCACAACAUCUUGGAGCAAGUGAAGAAAGACAACGUUCUAACCAAGUUCGCGGACAAAUCUAAAGGUCGUAGAAGUAGUUUGAACGCAGACACCAAGAAAACGGCCAAUUCCUACUACACCGACAAAUCGAACGGCAACUCAAAGUCUAAUAUCGAUCAAAUGAUUGAGAGCAUAAAGUUGAAUAUCGUAAGGUCCAUCGAGGACAGGAUGACAGGAUCUUUAGCCCUUGGAUUAACUAAGAACUUUGACGUGCCCAAGAUCGAGGAAAUUGUCGCGCCGCUCAGUACCGAGUCUCAAAAGAUGGGACUGGAAGACAAUACCGACGAGGACAAGUCCACCGUUACGGAAAAUGAAAUCACGUCAGACAAUACCGAAAAUUCAGUACCAAAAGUGGCCGAUACUGCCAAAGAGAUUGAAGAGAAACUAGUCAAGUUUGAUAUCGGAGAAGCAGAGACACAUUCGCAGAACGUCCAGGAGAACAAGGCCUCUGAUGACGACAGAAUUAAUCAUGUACAUAGUACUAGCGAAUCUACGUGUAAUAUAAAUAAUAAUAAUAAUAAUAACAACGACGACGACGCCACGCAACAAUCUUACAAGAAUAUGGCUGAACCGGAGGAGGAAAACGUUGGUUGUAGCACAGCUAGCGGCGCCUUAGUCAACGUCAGUGGUAACGAGUCAAAGACAUUGGACGAGAAGAAGAUUACGAGAAAGUCUUCGAGAAUCAAUGAUAAAACUUCAGACAGUGUCAGUAACGGCGAAACAGCGAGGAAGUCGAAUAGAACGCCGAGUAAAGCGGUCUCAAGGUCGGACAACGUGGAGGAUCUUUCGGCGGAUGUAGAAAAAUCUACGAGCGAAUCAACAGUUUCGGAGAAUCAGCUCUCGGACGUUUCCAAUACUGCGGCUGCAUCCUGCGCGACGUCUCCUGAACGAGCGGAGGAGAGACUCGCGGAAGGACUUGUACAAACGAGAGGAACAACGGAAUCGGAGACUGAAAUCUUCUUCAACCUCACGGAUAAUUCGGAAGAGUCGGAAACGCUGGAGAGUAUAUCUCGCGAGGUGGAAAGAUUAGUAGCGGAGGACCAGUUUGUCCAGCCAUUACCAAAUACUGCGACAACUGACACGACGCAAAGUAAAGAUGUGUUUACCGAGACAAAGAUAUUGGAUAAGAAACGGGAAAUUCAAGAUAUAAAUGACGAUUCCAUGUUAUCGGAACCGGCUGUCGAUGAUGCGAACGAGACAUCGAGCAAGGCUCACGUAGACGACAAGUCUACCGAUGUACUCGAGACGUUACGAGAGGGCGAGGCGUCUUGUAAGAUGGCGCAGACCGCGAGGCGUUCCAAAGUUAACAAUAACUUGCUACAUGUACCAACUGCUCCGAAUUGUGACUCGAAUAGCGAACGUAACUCUGUCACUUCACCAUCUGUACAUUGCAUCCCCGAUCGACUCUCUAUGAACGAUGAGAGCAACAAGCUUGACCACGAUCACGAUAACAAUUGUAAGGAAUUGAACAAAUCUAGCGUUACGUCAAACGUGGAUGAGAGUAUUUCGGAGCAGAAGCCAGGACACGAUGAAGCUGCUCCGACGGCAGAUCAAAGCAAUAAAUCCUUGGACGGUAAAGGUCCUGACGAGCGGAAGCUUCUCGUUAACGAGGAAAACAGGAGGGUGUUACGAACUCGUGACAAGCAGAGGAAACUUGAAAACAGACAAACCGCGUCUCGUAAUCGAGAAUGCGCCGACAACGUAAAAGACGUCAAGACUGAGGAAGGUAAUGCGAUUCAAAAGACUUGCGCUCUGCAGAACGACGGCGAUGAGGUGGUAUCGGUGGGUGGUAUCGCUAGCGUUGAGAGUUCUCAAAAGAUGGAAGAUGGAAAUGACUCGUUCAACAGCAACGAAUUGGAUUUGGCCGGCGAACUCGAGCCUCAAGCUCGUGGCCGGCGCGGUAGAGAGAUGAAGAAACGUAAAGAGGAAUUGUCGCAAUUGUCCAGUGGCUCCAAGACCAAACGCGUCAAGCGAGAUCUACGAAGGUCCGAGCAGCAAAACAAAGAAGAGACCCUGCUGGACAACGAGGUUGCUAAAAUCAACGAGAACAACCAGUCAUAUUUGAGCAAGUACAGCAGCGCCAGCACCAAUACCGGCGCCAGUGCCAGCGCCGGCGUCGAGCGCACAGACAGCUUUCGUGGAUUCUUCGGGCAAGGCGGGCAAGGUGGAUUGGACAAGGUCGACAAGGAUCCUAAUUUGCGCAGUAAAUCAGAAAACGACAUAACGAUCGCCGGCACAAACACCGGCAAGAGCGAGAAACGACAACUCUCGCGAAACCUAUCUGAGAAUCACGUGUCGCAACAGGCAGCUGACAAUAUAGGCAUGCUGGAAAACGAACGUAAGACCCCCACCCUCAAGACGCCAGAGCUCGCGCACAAGGAUUCCGACGAGACGUCCACGUCCGGCGAAUCGUCCAACAGCGGCACGCCAAAGAUCCUGGAAACGCCUGAAGACAAGGAGAGGAAGGAAUCGAUUCUGCGAUUAUUGGGACUCGAGUCUCUGGAGGAAGCCGCGAAGAGACAGAAUCUGCAAAAGACGAAGAAGGAACAGUCGUCGUCCACGGGUACUUUGAAGACGAUCAUCAGAGUAUCGCAAAAGGAGAAGGACAAGGACAAGAGAGGCUCGCGAUCUCCGUUGAAAAUGGUUCUCAAGCAGCAGGGACGUGGGGACGGAGAGGGUGAUUCACCCGAAUUCUACACCAUUCAAAAGGAGUUUGGAACCAGUGGUUUGGGAGAUAGCAGCUCUGGUGCGAACCGAAAGUUCACUACUAACCACAGACAUUCUUGCGAUGACGAUAACGAAGAAGCUACCCCCAAGGAUCGUCAAUCGCUUGUUAUUCCAGAGAAAUCGUCUUCUUUUUCUAUACAUCCUGGUCGUGUAUGCGCCGACGUAUGUUGCUACUGCUUUGGAAAGUUUGGCUCUUUGGACACGCCAAUGCAUCUAGCCCAGAUAAAGUCUGACGAAAGGCGCAAAAAGAUCUUGCACAUAGAGAGACAUCUCACGAAAGAUUCAUGUCUGUGUGACGCGUGCUAUCGUCAUGUUGACAGAAAGGCGAACACUAGUCCAACAAACAUGCAGCAAAAGCCGCAGAAACAACAUAGGCAAUUGAUGAUGUCAAAGUGCUCAGCUCGCGAAUGUCGUGAUCCCGCGCGGCAUCACGUUAAGCGCCGUUGGUUGUUCAAAAUAAGGCCUGGCCUGCAGAAUCAGGUCGACAUAGACUGGGACUCGAGUCAACACACUACAAUGUCAUUCUGCGUUAAUCAUUAUGGAAAGGUCGGCCGCUUCUUGACGUGCGCGCUCUGCAAGCGUCGACUUACCCGGCAACACACUUACCCGUUGACUAAUGCAGAGAUCGACGACUUGAAUCACCUACUCGAUCGACAAGGAAUUCCCGUCUUACUAGCAGUCGGCACGUUUGUCUGCAAGCUUUGUCGUUACUUUGCCCAACUGCAACUCAAGUACAGGGAUAUUGAAAAUAUGAGUAUGAGUCAUAGGAGCUACUGCAAAAGUUAUCGAAAGCGGGUUCUACAUAAUUGCGGAAUCGACGUGAUCGACGACGAAGACGACGAUUCGUCACAACAGGUGCAUCACGCCAGUCAGAUGAAGGAGCGGAAAAACAAGAAGAGCCUCAAGAAUUUACAGCCAAAAAGUGGAAGCUCCAAGUCUCCGGAACGCACGACCAGCGGUACGUCGGAGAAGUCGACGCCGGAACCGAACAAGAAUGAGAAUACAACUGAGUGCUGCUCCGAGAUGGAUAGCGAGAGUCGCGUCCCCAAAUCGGCCAACGACGAAAAUGGCAGUAUGAACGUUCAGUAUAUCGAAGGCAUAGAGAACCUAAAAAAGCGGAAAAUGCUCGAUAUGCAUACGUGCUCGCCCGGCACGUCCAUCUCUCUGUGCGACGGUAUGGCGAAUGGGAUGACACUCGGGAUGGAUGAGGUCACCUUAACGCGAUUGCCAAAGAGAUCGAGGCUCGGUAACAACAAUAGCAGCAAUAGCAACAACGACAUAACGCCUGUGGUGCAGAGACUCGGCGCGAAUCCCUCCAUAAGCGUGCGCACGCUCUUCCCGGGCGAGGAGGAGAUGAAUCUUCACGUGAACAUCGAGUUUCAGAACGUGCGCGAAGUCACGCCGCAAGGAUGGGAGAAGUGCGCGACGAUGAUCCAGUACGAUCGAGAGACGAAACAUCUCUGGCAGCAGUUGCAGCGACCGUACGGUAAUCAAAGCUCCUUUCUGCGUCAUUUGAUCCUUCUGGAAAAGUAUUACAGAGCGGGCGAUCUAAUAUUGGCGCCAAACGCAUCGCGGAAUGCAAUCAACUACUCUACGUCGGUGCAGAAUAGGCUGAUAUCGUACGAGGGUCCGGAGAAAAUGGAUGAGCCUAUAAUGGAACCGAUCGCGACGGAGUACAGUAACCCGCGCCGUUUGAGCGGUGGCUACGUACUGGAGAAAGACAGGCUAGCUCUACCCAGCACGAGUCUGAUGUCCAGACCGUCGACUAGCAGCGGCAAUGCCUCCACGUCGCAUUCGGUUAAAGUAAACUCGCCGCGGAUGCUCAAACUCAACUCGGGGGUGUCAAUUAUAAAAAAAUCACCUCCGAGUUUACAACGAUUGAGUUUACCGUCUACUAGCGGCAGCGGUGGUGACGGUGGCAAUGGCAAUGGCAAUAGCAAUAGCGGUAACGGUAACGGUGGCAAUGGCAAUAGUAGUAGCAAUAGCAGCGGCACUACCGCCGCGACUGCCACGACAAACGGUAGUGGUGGUGCCAAACGGAGAGAUGGCCAGGGUUUGUCCUCCGUUUAUGCCAGCGGCGGCAAGGUGUUUCAAUUGAGCGAGUCGGAUGUGAAGCGCAUGCAACCGUUCAAACGACAGAAAUUAAAUGACAGACCUACUGCUGGCACAAACAACGGGUCGACUAGCGGAAGCUUUAGAUCGCAACAUCAGAAAACGCAGAUUGCCGUUGCCGGCCACAAUCAACAGUUUCACAGGCACUUGCGAAUGCAGCAAGAGAUGUUGAAUCGUCAAAGUCGCGGUGCCUUUGAGCCACUGAUAUGCGACAUUACGCGCUCCGCUACUUGCGCGAAUGAAAACAGCCCGACAACCAGCCAAAAUAUCCUCCACAACCUCAAUUUGCCCAAGUCGAUCCAGGUGACGACCAAGUCAUCGUUGACGAGCAAUCCAAUUCCGAUUUUGCCGAAAAUCCCGAAAUCUUUGACGGUAAUACCACAAACCGUCACGAGAUCUGUUGAAAAGUGAGAAUAAGAGACGUAAGUAGGCACGUUGUGUACGCAGCACAGUCUCUUUUCUGUUCUUCGUUUCUUUUUCUCUCCAAGGAGAGAAAACGCGCGAUGCGGUGAGGAUGGAAGGAUUGAUCGUACAAGUUUGUACGUUUUUUUACACGUUGCUAUCGAUGAAAUCUCGAAAUUGCCGCCGAAACGAAGUAAGCAAGAUGAUUAUCAUGAUGAUUAUGGUCAAUGCUCUGAGAGCAAUUUUUGCCUUAUGUGAGCGCAUCGCGAUAUGCACUUACCGAGCCUGAACGCUCACAAAUACACAUUGAUUUUAUGUUACGAGUAAGACGAGACAAACUAGCAAUUUAUACAUACCUGUUGCAUCGAUCGUGAUCAUAAACUUGUAGAUAGAUUAAUAGGGUAAAUUGAGCAAAUUGAGACACUCUUUCAUUCUAACGAUAUUAUACAUAUAUUAACAACCAAAGUUUCACUAUAAAAAGCAUUAACGAAGAGCGUGUUUAACAGUGCUGUUUCCACGGAAAGUGCCUAAAAUGACAGGAGGCGGGCGAGAAACCGUUACAUUAAUUACGUAAUUAUGCUGAUGAGAUUCAGAGAUUCUCAAUGCGGUACACCGCGAGACUCUAAUAAAUGUUGGUACAAUGCGCAGUGAUCUUUCGUGAAGAAAGAUCGACGAUGGCUGAAACUUGCUAGUGACAAUACGAGUGGAAGGAACUUGAAAUUUACAAAUUUCCACAACGUUCAAUGUAUUAUAGAAGGUGUUUGAGACCAUAAUCAAGAGGAUGGUUCCCCAAGCAGAAGCCUCGUCGUUGGACGCUGCCGCGUCCUAACUGUCUUCAAGUACGAUCAAAUAGAUAUUUUCAUAUUGAAAAUUCUUUCUCCAAGAUCUUUACGUAAUCAGAAAAUUCUAUAAAUCUGGUUAAACUCGAUUUCUUCUCACGAGGGAUCACUUCCUUACCACCGGCUGUAUCAGCUAACCAUCGAUUUAUCGGAUGCCCUACACCUACAUACGUACAAGGAGUUUAUUACUUUAACAGCAAUGCGUCGAUUUUAAUUUAAACAUACAGCUUGCGUCUUUUACUCUUUCUUUCUUUCUUUGUAUUUAGUUAAUUAGAAGCGUAGUAGGACAUGUGUGUUAGAUAGAUGAAUAGACUCCUUUAUCAAGCGAAGGAUUUUAAUUGUAAAGAUCACUUUACUCAACUCACGCUUACCCCUACUUGAUUUUUCUUGCUCGACAUAUCGAACAUAUAUAUAUAUUUUUUGAAAAGGGAGACGGGUGGUAAGGAGGAGGGGGGGGGGAGAGUGCAAGGAAAAUGUGUAUCGAAUCUUGUCCGGUUGAAUGAUUGUUAUCGGUAGUUCGUUCCUCUUGCCGCGUCUAAAGAGAGAAUUGGACAUGGUUGCGCAUACCAGCGAUACGUGCUUGCACGCUGCAAGUCACUAUAUUUUAUCUACGUAAAACUCUUUUUGAGCGUUCGCGAGAAUGACUCGAACAAAUGUAUAUUAUAUAAUAUUGGCCUGCUCGAUCUUUAGGAGCAUAAUGACAUGAUCGUAAAUAAUUAAAUAACAGUUAAUUUGGAGGUAACGCUUAAUUCGAAGUGUUAAGCUGUUAAGAAAUGUCAAAUACAUGCAAAGUGAGCAUAGAUUUAACAUUCUUAUUGAAACUUAUUUAUUACGUUACUAUCAUUAAUACGCAUUGUACAUAUAGAUCGAUAGUACAUUAUUCUAGUUUCUAAACAAUUCAUAAUGAAAAAACGAUUAUGAUAGAGUUGAAGCACCCAACUCGUUUGUAGAAUUAUGAACGAUCGUACGGUAAGAAUCGACGAUCGAGAUGCUACGCGUGAGACUGCGAAGAUUUUCUCGUCUCGCGCGUUUCUUUUCGCGUACAUCUAUCAUUCGACGUUCAACGCGCAUCAUCGCCACGCCAUUUCACUCCACUCCACUCCACUUUCCUGUUACACACACAUACGAGAUUCUCUUCGCACUGUAUUUUAAACUGUCGGCAGAAAAUCUUUUCAUUUGUAUCACGUAAAACAGCGAAUCGAUGCCUUAAAAUUGUCGAUGAUAAUCGUGUCAAAUAGUUACUGGAUUUUUUAUAUUAUAAGAAAUAUUUAUUAUCAUUAUUAGUAACGGAUUAAUCCACUCAUGAUUGUCUAUUACUAUUGUCGCAAUUGUUCUAUUGUCAUUUUAGUCAUAUUCACUCGUUUAUCUAAAUAGAGAUAUCAGAACAUUCAAUAUACUUGCCAAAUAUGACGCGUUUCUACUUGCGCCUGGAUCACAGAACAGAGUUACAUUUAUCUCGAGGGAUCACGCCUGCAUUGUCCAAUCAAACAUAUACAAUAAUUAUAAUCAUUGCUAUUAUGGAUUACCUUAUUGUUAGUGUCCAACUACUUGCAAGUUUAAUAAAUACGAGGCAAUCGUUCUAUCAUUAUUCUAA